CUAGCUUUCAGGGCUGCUUGCGAUCCAGCAUUCGGACGACCGACGACUUGAGAAUAGCCUGGUGAACAGCACCACUCCCGACACGACAUCGUUCCCUCCAGUGUCGCGACCGAACUCGUCCAAUAUGGCGGACAACAAGAUCCAAGAGCUUCUAACGAAGCCGCGAAAUGAAUUGACAGAGUAUGAGAUCUCGCUCCUCGAAGAGCACGAAUUCAAUGCAGGGCCUCUUUCCAUACUCCAGACAGCCGUGCGCAGCCAUACGCAAGUCCUCAUCUCGAUUCGCAACAACCGCAAGCUUCUCGCCCGAGUCAAGGCCUUCGACAGACACUGCAAUAUGGUACUAGAGAACGUCAAGGAGAUGUGGACGGAGACGCCAAGACUAGCGGGAGGAAAGAAGGGCAGGCCGGUCAACAAGGAUCGCUUCAUCAGCAAGAUGUUCCUGAGAGGAGACUCAGUCAUUCUUGUUCUCCUCAGCUAGACAGAGAUAUAUACGGAUGCAUUUGGACAGCCCAGCUUAUGGACUUGGAGGAUAAGGGUCACGAGACAACGAAGCUCGUCGUGCGAACUGGCCAUCAGAGAUGGGGCAGGCAGAUAGUGCUGUAAGCAAAGGGCAGCAAAAAUCAGACGUCUUCUGCGCGAGCUAUGAUGACAGCUCGUACCAGCCAAAAGCCAUAUGGCCAAGAAGGGGGCAUAGGCACAAAUACUCUUCGCAAUAGAUACCACUGAUGUCAAAAGAAGCAUUACAGAAAU